AUGAUUAACAAUGAUUCAUUUUNGGACUAUAACCUCCCCUUGGGCCGCCGCGACAGCCUGGCCUUUGCUACCAUCAACGACACGCUGGCCAACCUCCCGCCGCCGUCGAGCAACACCACCACCCUCCUCGACUCCCUCUCCGUCAAGAAUUUCACGGCCACCGACGUGGUGGCACUUUCCGGCGGACACACCAUCGGUAUCAGCCACUGCACCUCCUUCACCGACCGCUUGUACCCGGCUCAGGACCCGACCAUGGACCAGACGUUUGCCCGGAACCUCCGGUCGACUUGCCCGGCGGCGGACACAGACAACACGACGGUGCUCGACAUCCGGUCCCCUAACAGUUUCGACAACAAGUAUUAUGUGGAUCUGAUGAAUCGGCAAGGGCUUUUCACUUCUGACCAGGAUCUGUACACCGACGGGCGGACGAGAGGAAUUGUGACGGAUUUUGCGGUCAACCAAACCCUAUUUUACGAGAUGUUCGUGAGUGCCAUGGUCAAGAUGUCGCAGCUUGGCGCGCUGACUGGGGCAGAGGGCGAGAUUCGUGGGAAUUGUUCGGUCAGGAAUGUUGAUAAUGUGGCCGUGUUGGGUUCGGUGGUGGCCGGAGGAGAAAGUGAGGCCUUGUCCACAUUUUAA